AUAUUAAUGUGAAUGAUGGUACAUAUCGAUGUAAUGAAUGUAUGAUGAAAGGAACUUGGAAAGAUUAUAUGCAAUUGAUAUCCAAAACUAGCACUUUUCAAGUCAUUAAUUCAACACAAAUGGGAAUAGGUUGUCCAUCCUAUUUGUCAAGUUUUGAAGAAAUAGAUCAGUAUUCAAAUGAAUUGCAAAAUUACCCUAAA